CACACGUACGCACGCAAACACAUACAAUCACCAAAACUCACGAUGAGACUACUACCCUUCUUUCUCUGUAUCACUUUGAUGCUUUUUGUGGCACAAUCGGUCGUUCUCCCAGCCAACGUGACUUCCAAUGCUUCACUGGAGUCUUCCUCCCGGUCGAGUGUAGACUUGAGCAUGGCUACCCACGCAACGGUCAAAGACAACACCUCCAACAGUGCCAUCACUUUCACCGGCCCGGCCUUUCCCCAUGGUGAGGAUAUCACUUUCACUGGCACUGCCAAAGCUAUCCACGACCACCUCCGUGAACUAAACCCCAACUACGACGAGGACUUCAAGCAAUACUUCCCCUCCGCUUCUUCCAACCAUAACGGCAAUGGCACCAAGGCAGUCAAAUUGGGAAGUACCAUGGAAGAGGAAAACAUAUACUGCGAUGACUCUGGCGUGUUCGCAGACAUCGAUGCUGUUUACAAGAACAUCGACUAUCUGGGUAAUCUCCUCGGCGGGUGCAAGCUAACCACGGAUUCGUGCACCUUCAUUUCGUGCUCAUGGAAUGCGGCGGUUUACGUUUGUGGGGGAUUGGAUGUUCCUACAUCUGACGUGUCUUGUAGAGAUGUUGCGGAAUGGACCAGGAGGAUCGCGAACUUAUGCAUAAUAAAUGGCGGGGUACGUGGGUAUGCGAAGCCAAUGUAUGAUGGGGUGUACGCCGGGUACGACAUCCAGGUUCGUGGUAUGCUUGGUUUAAAGGAUUGGCUCGAGUGCCAUGCCUUUAACGGGUAAUGAAGGAC